CAGCACUCUAUUUCUGCCCCCCGUCCCUCGGUGUCUUGGAGCUGGAGUUUGUGUUUGUGGGUCUCAGGAUUUUAACCCUCCAGAUCUUUUUCUUUCUGAAGGUUGUUUGUCUUUCCUCCCCUCACACACACACACACACACACACACACACACACACACACACACACACACUCCUUCACCACCACUCUGACAUCACCUGGCUGUGACCCCCCCACUACUCACCCCCCCUCCGUUGAAACCAUGGCGCUGUCUUCGCGUUUGAAACUGUGGGAGAAGAAGAUAAAGGAGGAAAAGACGCCGGUGGGUGCCACCUCUCCGCCCCCCCCGCCCCCCCCGCCCCUCUCCGCCCUCCCGGGCGGCUUCCUCAAGCAGCUGGUCCGCGACUCGGAGAAGGAGACCAAGCAGAAGGAGCCGGAGGCCAAGGAGGAGCGGCCGCCGAACAAACUGAGCGGCGACCUGGUGCAGCAGUUCCUGCUCCCGGAUCAGACCCCCCCGAUCCUGGAGGCGGAGAUGUUGCUCCGGGCCGAGCAGCUCGUCAACAACAACAACAGCAAGCAGCCGGACCAGAGGAGCACCCACCCCCCCGACCCCCCCGACCCCAGGGACGGCCCGGGACCCAGACAGGAAGUGGACGUGAGGACCGAGUGGAGCAAGAAGAAGAUGGAGAGGAGGCAGGAGGGAGGGGAGAGGAGGAAGGAGGGAGCGGUGGAGGAGAGGAGGAAGGAGGGAGGGGUGGAGGAGAGGAGGAAGGAGGGAGGGGUGGAGGAGAGGCAGGAGCCGGAGGGGAGACCAGCAGAGACGAGUGUGACGGAGCUCAGAGAUGUUUGGUACGAAGCAGGAAGCGUGUGGUUGGUCCAUGAGGACGGGUUCACUCUGGCCACUCAGCUGAAGCCGGACGAAGGAACGCCAGAUCUCCCAGAAGGCCGAGCGAGAGUCCGCCUGCAGACGGACGGGUCGCUGCACGACGUGACCGAGUACGAGAUCGAGAAGUGUAACCCGGCGGAGCUGGACCUGUGCGAGGACCUCAGCGACCUGCAGAGCGUCAACGAGUGCGGCGUCCUGCACACUCUGACCAGCCGGGCCAGAGCCGGGAUGCCGCUCACGCACGCCGGCCCCCACCUGGUGAACCUGUGGCCCCCGCUGGAGGCGCACUGCAAGACGCCGAAGUCUCGGCGGGGGGAGUCGGCGUGGGACGCCCCCCCCGCCCUGGCCGCCGUGGUGAGGCGGGUGUACGAGUCCAUGGUGGGCAGCAGGAGGGACCACAGCGUGUGCUCGGUGGGGCGCAGCGGCGCCGGCAAGACGGCGGCAUGUCGGGCCUUCACGCUCGCCCUGCUGCGCCAGGCCGGCACCGAGGGGGGGCGGAUCAGCGUGGAGCGCGUCCAGGCCAUGUUCACCAUCCUGAGGUCCUUCGGCUGCGUGAGCUCGCCGCACAGCGACGCCUCGUCUCGCUUCGCCACCAUCUUCUCUCUGGACUUUAACCACGCGGGACGAACCGCCGCAGGACACCUGCAGACGCUGAUGCUGGACAAAUGGAAGGUGUGCCAGAGGACACCUGGGGAGAGCAACUUCCUGGUCUUCUCUCAGAUGUUGGCAGGAGUCAGCACAGCGCUGAGGACGGAGCUGCAGCUGCACCAACUUCCAGGGUCCAACUCGUUUGGGAUUGCUCAUCCCACCAAGGUCGAGGAGAAGCAGCGGGCCUCCGUCGCCUUCGCCAAGCUGCUGGCUGCCAUGGAAACGCUGAGCUUCUCGACCGGCGAGCAGAAGGCGAUUUGGCACGUCCUCGCCGGCAUUUACCACCUGGGAGCCGCCGGGGCCUGCAAAGUGGGCAGGAGGCAGUUCGUGAACUUCGACAGCGCCCGGGUGGCCGGCGGCGUCCUGGGAUGCGAGGACGAAGACCUGCACACCGCGGUCUUCAAGCAUCACCUGAGACAGCUGCUGCAGAGAGCCACCGGGGGCAGCAGAGAGAGGAGCACCGAGGCCGAGGAGGGUCCCAGAAUGACGGCCACUCAGUGCGUGGAGGGCAUGGCCGCCGGACUCUACGAGGAGCUCUUCACCUCCGUAGUGUCGCUCAUCAACAGGGCCCUGAGCAGUCCUCAGCUCACGCUGGCCUCGGUGAUGGUGGUGGACGCGCCGGGCCUCAGGAACCCGAGACACGCCAAAGAGGAGCGAGCCGCCGGCUGGUCCGAGCUCUGCCACAACUACCUGCAGGAGCGCCUGCUGCAGCGCUACCACGCGCACACCUUCACGCACACGCAGGAGCGCUACACACAGGAGAAGAUCCCGGUGGAGGUGGAGGGUCCGGAGAGGAGUCCGGACGAGGUGGUGUCUGCCAUCGACCAGACGCCCCCCCAGGUCCGGGCGGCCGAUGGAGACCCCAGAGGUCUGCUGUGGGUUCUGGACGAGGAGAUGUUAACACCGGCCUCCAGUGAGACCAUCGCCCUGCAGAGGGUCUGCCAGUAUUACACCAACACCGUGCGUCAGUGCGAGCAGCCGCUGCAGUGCGAGGUGAGCCACCUGAUGGGCUGCGACCCGGUCCGCUACGACCUGAGCGGCUGGGUCGGUCUGAUCCAGAACAACCCGUCCGCCCUGAACGCCAGCGACGUGCUGCAGAACUCCAGCAUAGCGGAGGUGAAGGCCAUGUUCGCCCAGAGGAUCUCCCUGCCCCCCCUGUGUCGAGGCCUGGGGGGCCUGGAGGGCGGCAGCAGCCAGCGCUCUCUGCAGAGGAGCGGCACCAUCAGGAAGACCUUCAGCGGCGGGAUGGCGGCCGUACGCCGACACUCCCAAAGCAUCGCCGUGAAGCUGCAGGCGGAUGCGCUGAUGAACCUUAUCCGUCGCGCCCAGCCCGUCUUCCUGCAGUGCGUGAGCGCCAAGGCGGAGGGCGGCAGCUUCGACGUGGCGGCGCUCCGAGUCCAGCUGAACUCCACCCAGAUCCUCUCGGCCCUGCAGCUCCAUCGCACAGGUUAUCCGGAGCACAUGACUCUCAGCGACUUCCGCUGCCACUUCCAGGCGCUGUCCCCCCCCAUCAUGAAACGCUACGCCUCCAUGUUUGUCAGCCACGACGAGAGAAAGGCGGUGGAGGAGCUGCUGGUGGAGCUGGAUCUGGACCGGAGGAGCAUCGUGGUGGGGUCCAGCAGGGUGUUCAUGAAGCGGGGCGUGCUGCGCUACCUGGAGCAGCAGAGGGAGCGGCAGGUCACCGGCUGGCUGCUCCACCUGCAGGCCGCCUGCAUGGCUCACCUGGCCCGCCAGAGGUACCGCAGACUCAAGGUGCAGCAGAUGGCGGUUGGCUGUGUCCAGAGGAACCUGAGGGCUCUCUGGGUCGUGUCCAAGUGGAGCUGGUGGAAACUUUUCUGCAGAAUUCGUCCUCAGCUUGACAUCAACAUGGAAAACGAACGUCUCAGAGUAAAAGAGGAUGAGGUAUCGGCUCUGAGACGUCGCCUGGAGAAAUCAGAGCGUGAGAGGAGCGAGCUGCGUCAGACCGCCGACGGCCUGGAGACCAAGGUCACAGCAGUGACCUCCGAGCUGAGCGAUGAGCGUUUCCGUGGCGACGCGGCGGGUCAGGCUCUGGACGUGGAGAGGGCCGAGAGGAUCCGGCUCGGGAGGGAGAACAAAGACCUGCAGGCUCGUCUGGACCAGUGUAAGGUCACCAUGGAAACCCUGGAGAAGCAGCUGGAGGAAGAGAAACAGAAAGCUCAGGUGGCCGAGAGUCAGCGAGGACCGGCCUCAGACAGCGAGCUCGCCAUGCAGCUGGAGUGCAGCCACACGGAGGUGGAGUUCCUCUGCAGACGGAUGAAGCAGACGGAGGAGAAGCUGGAGGCGGAGAGAGAGAGCCGCCAGCAGCUGGACGCCAAGGUGGCCGCCCUGCAGGCCCUGCUGGAGCAGUCCAGGCGCAGCGUGACGGACCUGAAACGUCACUGUCGUCGCGUGACCUCCGACCUCCAGGACGCCCGCGUCCUGACUGACAGCCUCCAGGGCCGCAUGCACGAGGUGGACCGCAAGCAGAGGAGGUUCGACAGCGAGCUGACCCAGGCUCUGCAGCAGGCCGCCCUGGAGAAGGAGCAGAAGGACAAGGCCUGCCAGGAGAGCACGGCUUUGGGGGCGGAGAUCUACGGCCUGCGCCGCAGCCUGCAGGAGGGCAAGGUGGAGGCGGCCCGUCUCCAGAAGCAGAAGGACGAGUUAUGCGCUCAGAUCCGUGACCUCAGCCUGCCGGUGGACCUGGCCUCCGACUCGCUGCCCGACCUGAAGAAGAAGCUCCGCCUCCUGGAGGUGGAGGCCGGCGACCGAGCGCACGAGGUCACCGAGCUCGCCAGCAAAAUCCAGCAGCAGCAACAAGUCCACAUGCGCUCUGAGAUGGAGAUGGAGAGGAUCAAGCAGAUGCACCAGAAGGAGCUGGAGGACAAAGAGGAGGAGCUUGAGGACGUGCACAAGUCGUCCCAGAGACGGCUCAGGCAGUUGGAGAUGCAGCUGGAACAGGAGUACGAGGAGAAACAGAUGGUGAUUCAUGAGAAGCACGACUUGGAAGGACUCAUAGCAACUCUGUGUGACCAGGUGGGCCACCGGGACUUUGACGUGGAGAAGAAGCUGAAGAGAGACCUGAAGAGGACCCAUGCCCUGCUGGCCGACGCCCAGCUCCUCCUCUCCACCGUGGACAGCCCGGGGCAGCACCUCCCUGCCGGGGGCCGGGAGCAGAUCGAGCGCCUGCACUGUCAGUUGGAGGAGAGUGAGGCGAGGAGGCAGGAGGCCGAGGCCGAUGUGGCCACCCUCUCCCAGGAGCUGGAGAACUCUCAGAUAGAGCUGGAGAACAUCUGCAAGCAGAAGAGUGUGGUGGACGAGCAGGUGUCCCUGCUGCAGCACGAGAAGGUGGACCUGCUGAAGAGGCUGGAGGAGGACCAGGAGGACCUCAACGAGCUCAUGAAGAAGCACAUGGCGCUGAUUGCUCAGUCCUCCAGUGACAUCGCUCAGAUCCGGGAGCUGCAGGCGGAGCUGGAGGAGGUGACGAAGCAGAGGCACUCUCUGCAGGAGGAGCUCCAGCAGAGCGCGUCCAGGUUGCAGUUCCUGGAGGCCUCCACCGUGGGGCGCAGCAUCGUCAGCAAACAGGAGGCUCGUGUGUGUGACCUGGAAAGUAAACUGGAGUUUCAGAGGGGGCAAGUCAAGAGGUUUGAGGUGCUGGUGUUGCGUUUGAGGGACAGCGUGGUGCGUCUGGGGGAGGAGCUGGAGCAGAGCGCCCAGGCCGAGGUCCGGGAGAGGGAGAACGCCCGGUACUACCGGCAGCGCCUGCAGGACACCCGUGUGGAGAUGGAGGAGCUGGUCCAGAGGGAGCAGGACAGCGGGCGGAGGAGCAUGGAGCUGGAGAUGCAGGUGGAGGAGCUGAACGCUGUCAGACAGGCGCUGCAGGCCGACCUGGAGACCUCCAUCCGCCGCAUCGUGGACCUGCAGGCCGCCCUGGAGGAGGUGGAGUCCAGCGACGAGAGCGACUCUGAAAGCGUUCAAACUGCUGUGGAGUCCUUGACUCAAAGGAGAGAGCAUGACUCGGCGUCCAGUGUUGGUUCCAUCGGGACAGAAGACGUGGGCGAGGGGAUCCGUCAUUGGCUGGGAGUGCCUAGUGGGAGGAGUGGCGGCAGUACCGCCGGCAGCCAGAGGGGGCGGCAGUCGGUCGCUGACACCAUGAGCACCUACAGCUUCCGUUCCUGCGUGGACCCCGACGACGAGGGCUCCGAGGCCGGGGGGGCUGGCGCCCGGGGGCCCGGCCGCGCUCCGUCGUCCUCGGCUCUGUCCGAGCUGCUGGACGGACUCCGCAAACGGCGGGCUGGUGGCGGCGAGGCGGCCGAAGGAGCCGGCAGCGCCGUCUCUCUGCCGGUGUAUCAGACCACGGCGGCCUCCACGCUCCGGCGCAGGGCUUCGGCCCUCUCGCUCGGCCCCGGGGACCAGGAGGCCCGGCCCGGGAUCCUGAAGCCGCCCUCGCCACUCCUGCCCCGCGCCGCCAGUGCUCACUCCGUGGGCGACGCUCCGGCACCGGGGGAGAAACUCCCUCGCUUCAUCUCAUGCGACUCGCUCUCCUCGCUCCCCUCGCUGCCUCGCCUCUCUUCCUUGCCCCCCCCCCUCGCCGCUCGCCAUCGCUCCCCCUCCCUGGCCAUCCCGGAGGAGGACCCGGUAGAACGCCUGCUAUCCCGGACGAACCCCGUGCAUCGCUCCCCGCAAGCGCCGAGGCGGUGCCUGCUCGGAGGCCUCGCCGCGGGGGAGGGGGGCGAGGCCUCUCUGGGUUCAGAACCCCUGGUCUUCCAAAACCGGCGCCUGGUGGACGACCGCGAGGACGCGGCCUCCGACAUCCUGCCCGCCAUCCGGAGAGCGCAGUCCACCAGCAGCCUGGCCGGUUCAGUGAGGGGGGGCCGCAGGGCGCUGAGCGUCCACUUCGGGGAGUUGCCCCCCUCCACCCGCAGCAGGAAGAGCUCCGAGACCGAGUCCUCCAGCUCGGAGGGAUCCGGGGGGAGUUCCCAAGGAGGGGGGUCCAGGCGCAGGUUUGAGAGGCCGCAGGGGGAAAGGCUGGAGGCCGAGGGCAGCGAGGGGGGGGACGUGGCCUCGGUCAUGAAGAGGUACCUGAAGAAGGAGACGGACUGAAGUGGACGAGGUGAGUGGACAAUAAGAAAUAAAGGUGCUAACUUGACCGUCUAUGGUUUUUCGGUUUCUCCCUUUCUCAUAAAACCACGAGGGGGUUCUAUUCAAACCCCCCAAUGAGAAGGUCUUAUCAGAACCCUUUUAUGGGGUCACGGUUCCACCCUUGAAUAUCCUGUCUCAAACCUUUUCCUUCUUCUAAGUGGUAACAACAACCCACUCUGAGGUGUUCUACCAAGAACCCUUCAUGUAGUCCAAGGUUCUCAUCUAGAACCCCUCAGUGUAGGUGGGUCUACCACUUGUUCCACACUGGAAUAUCUCCACAACUACUGGGUGAAUUGCGAUGGGAUUUUGUACCGACGUUUUGAACCCGAUAACUUUGGGGAACCUCUGAUCCUCUCGGAUCCUCCGGGGUUUUGCGGUUGAAUUCUCAUGACCUUUGGUUCAUGUUCCCCUUCGGGGGGGAAGUGAAAAAAAUGAAGCCACAGAGAUUAGCGUCCUUCUUCGAGGUUCUGACUUGGUGAUAUUUUGUCGAUGAAGAACCCGUCUGGCUGCAUGUGCCUCCUUUCUGUUGUGACGUCUUUUCUUGUCUUCCACCAGCGCCUCGAUGUGUCC